AUGUUUGAGCACCACAUGGGCACGCGCUGCGACUCGCUGGAGAGGGAGCGUGACCAGCACCUGGAGACGAUCGAGCAGCAGCGUCAGCUGGUUCAGAAGCUGGAGGAUGACCUGGGCAGCAUGAACUCGGUGGCGGCCAUAUGCCGCGGCGAGGGAGAGGGGAUGCCGUCCUCCUCCGAGCUGGUGGCAGAGGCCGUGAGGGACACGAUGGAGCCGAUGCCGACCCCUGUCCGACCUCCGUCGGUACUGGGAGGGGACCCCGGCUCGGCGGCCGACACCAUCCUGCCCAUCGUCACCGCGCAGAGGGAGCGCUUCAGGCUCAGAAUUCAGGAGCUGGAACAGGAGCGCAACAUGGCGCAACACGAGCUGAGCCUCAAGGAUACGGAGAUCGACGACCUGAGGCGCGAUAACCUCAAACUGUUCGAGAAGAUCCGCUUUUUGCAGAGCUACUCGUCCCAGAAGCCGAAGAAGCCCGGUCAGGACGUGGAGUCUCGCUACUCGAGCCAGUACGAACAGUCGCUGGACCCGUUCUCGUCGUUCUCGCGCCAGGAGCGGGCCAGGAAGUACAGUCAGCUCAGUCCCUUCGAGAAGGUCACACUAUCCAUGGGUCAGCUGGUGCUCUCCAGCCGUACAGCACGCACGGUGGCCUUUCUGUACACACUGCUGCUCCAUCUGCUCGUGUUUGCUGUCCUCUACAAGAUGGCCUACACGGAGAUGUACCAUCGACAGUUCUCAUCAGACUGCGCCGAAAAAUACGCCGAGCACAUGCUGAAGAUUCACGGGGAGGAGAGCCACCUGUGA